AUGAACCAGUAUAUUAGCUUUGUGACAUCUGAAGCUAACCAAAUUUGCCAAUCUGCGCAACGUACGACAAUAACUGCUGACGAUAUCCUUUCGGCUAUGAGAAAUCUUGGGUUAGACGAUUACGUUGAACCACUUGGUGUGUUCAUUAAUCGGUACCGUCUGUCCGAGACCGAUCGUGAAUAUACAGUUAGAGGUGAGUCAUCCCAGGGCCCACCUCCUCCGGGUCCUUAUGGUUGGAUCAGUCUAUGGUUAUGGGUGGUGGUGAACUGGUGA